GGCUGGUCAAAGUGGCACUGCGAACACCUCAGGCAUCAGUUGGUGGCUGGCGACCUCGCGCGGAGCACCAGCAGCGUGUCUGAAAACAGCAGCAUCAGCAGCGUUCCGUAGAGGCGACGCACACAUAGUUCCUUCGUGGGAAAGUCCUCCUUGAACGUCGACAUGAUGAAGCUCGGGUCUUGUCCUCGAGGCUGCCGCUUUGGUCUCGGUCUCGUCCUCUUCGUUUUCGGUCUCCAGAUGGUCUCCGGCGCGACCCACCACUUGCCAAAGGUCUCGGACGCGUCUCGGUCUCUUCGAGUGCCUGAGGACCCCCUGGAGAGACCCGAGGACCUCGCGAAGAACGGAGGAACCCCCGCAGAAGGAGGAGGAAAGAGGGGGAGUCUUGUUCCCCACGAGGAGGAGGGAGAGGGAGAAGCCAGGAAGACCGAGGGAGGGGAAGGAAGCGCGUCACUGGCUGAGGGAGAUGAGGGCGAGAUGCUGGACCUCGGGGACUACGACGAGUUCGAAGUCAGUCACUUGCAGCGCACCAGCCGGAAGAUGUCCCUCCUCGACUUCAUUUCCACAAGAGCCACCACCACGUGCUUCCCCAACGCAAAUUUCCGGCUCCAGAGUCACCCCAGCUUCGGCACGUACAGUUACCCCAACAACUACAGUCUCAAGAGAACCUACAGGAGAGGCCCGGGCAUCAAGGAGAUCGUGGUCUACUGCCCCUUCUUCAGGACCGAGUGGAGCAAACGCUGCAGGAGGGAUAAGUUCACGAUCUUCAACGGACCUUCCUUCACCAGGGGAAUCAGGCGCUGUGGGAGAAUCCACGGCUUCUUCAAGCGGUACAGCCACGACGUCCAGAUCGUGUUCAAAACCAACUACGUGAAGACGUUCGCUGGGUUUGACUGCAUCAUCAGCUGCAUCCCAAAACCGACUACAACUAGCACCUCAACAAGUUCAACCUCUACAUCUACAAGUACAUCAACUAGCACAUCUACAAGUACGUCUACAAGCACUUCAACCAGCACGUCAACUAGCACGUCCACCAGCACAUCUACGAGUACAUCUACAAGUACGUCUACGAGUACAUCUACGAGUACAUCUACUAGCACAUCUACAAGUACGUCUACCAGUACAUCUACGAGUACAUCAACAAGCACGUCCACUAGCACAUCUACCAGUACAUCUACCAGUACAUCAACCACAUCAACCAGUACCUCCACCUCCACCAGUACCUCAACCAGUACUUCUACCUCUACUUCCACAUCUACCACGACUACGUACAGUCCAGGUUGUGCUUAUAAACCUGUAGAACCGGCGAGCAGGAUCAACGUAACGACCUGCGAGGAUAUCUUGCCUGAGUACCGGGAUAUUUGCACCUGUGCCCCGUGCUCCCAGUUCUCUCGCCUUCAGCUGAACUGCAGCAUCUGUUCCGGCUGCGACAUGGAGAUCUUCGCCGUCCACGAUUUCCAAAUCAACUUGGCCCUCCACUUCAUCUUCAACGAAAGCUGCCCUUACCCGGUCAAUCUGGGAGACCUAACGUACGGAAACGAAGCCAGGUUUGUGGUGCUGCUCCUGUGUUACCCGAUCCCUUCGAGGAUUACCUUCCCCGGACCCUUCCCCACGUGGCCGGCCGUCAGGAUCGUUUUCUAUAUGACCGGAUGUCCAGACCUGUUCACCGGCGAGCCCUGUAUUGACCUCACUGGACGUCGGCGCCGCACUCCUACCGGUAUUCAAGGUCAAGCCAUUUCUUACGAGAGUCCGAGACCCGACAGGUGGUCGGGGGACAAGUCGGUGUCGUCGAGGUCCUGGUCGGAGGACAUGGCUCUCCGGGUCGGCCCUGACCUGGGAGAUCUGUCUUGGCUCAGCGUCUUCUCCAACCUCACUCAUCUCUACCUAAUGGAGGUCGAAGUGGACACCUCGACGCUGCCUGUGUUGGAGCACCUGCACACCAUCAUCAUCAAAGACGAGACGGGGGUGAUGGUGCAGAAUAACUACGACCUGCGGCAGCUCAGUCACGUCGAGGAAGUGUUUCUGACCCUGGGUGAAACAACGUUACGCUCCGACUUCGUGAUGCUAGAGUCGGACAGCCUUCAGUACGUGGAGGUCGCGGUCCCCAACGCCAUGGUGAACAGCCUGGAGAUCAACUUCAUCAACCUGGGGGCGUCGGCGAAGCGCAUCUCACCUCCUGCCUCUGGGUCGCUUCGGACAGUCGUGCCGGAAGUAACCAUGAAAGUCAACCGAAAUCUCAUGCCCUUCGUCUUGUACCCUGUGUUCCUACCGCUGCUGAAGGUCGCCGUCAUCCACUGGGUUAAUGACGAUGGCACUUACGUCUCGUGUCAGCACUGCGGCAUCGCCUGGUUCUGGACCCUCAGCGACCAGGAGCUGGAGUGCCUGCAAGUGGCAUGCACCAACCCCGAGGGCCAGCUGGUGAUGGCACAGGAUUACAUUCGCGGUGGAGGAAGCAACCCAUGUGCCAUCUACUUUGGCUAGAGUGGGGGGGAGGGGACGCCGCACGCCCACGGAUCCCGCUCGGUGCCUCGUUCGUUCCUAGGAAGUGCCAGUGCCAGAGGGCCUAAGAAAUACACCUUCGUUAGGAAAUGUCCUUUCAUUUAGAUGAUCCUCAAGUUUUCUUUUCUUUUCGUGUUGUUAAGUGUGUGAUUAACAGUUUAUGACAACGCUCUUCACACAAGUGAUUGGGGAAACCGGUAUCAAUAUUAUUGUUAUCAUUAUUA